GUCGGGAACGCGCAGUGAAUCCCACACUGGACAGCAACAGCGACUCAACCGAGGAAAAUGUUACCUCCAGCACCCUCCAUCAACACUGUCGAUGUCUGCAAAAGUCAUGUGAGAGGACCUGCAACAUAUGAGGACCAUUCAACUUGUUUCAGAGGAUUGUAAACUCCAGGAAGCAACUGAUAAGAACACAGGAAUUGAAGUUAAAAUUGGAAAGGUGCAGAAAAUGGCGGGACGUCUCCUGCAGCUCCUUGCCUUGUGGACUACUCUGGUUGGCAAUGUGCAGUGCUGUCCAGAGCUCUGCAGCUGCCAGGAUAAAUUCUCCCACCAGUUUGCCGACUGUGCUUACAAAGACCUGCUGGGGGUACCCGUGGGUCUCCCCUCUAAUGUUACCACUGUGAGCCUCUCUGCCAACAAGAUCAAAUUACUGAAAAGUAAAAGCUUCAUCAAUAUCACACAGGUCACCUCUCUCUGGCUGGCCCACAAUGAGAUAGUUACCAUAGAAACGGACACCUUGGCCCCCCUGGUCCAGCUCCGCAACCUGGACAUCAGCUUCAACAAAAUUGUGAACUUUCCCUGGGGGGAUCUGCAGAACCUCACAGCCCUGCAGCUUCUGAAAAUGAACAACAACGAGAUGGUGAGCCUUCCAAAGGACGGCUUUUCCACUCUCAAAGACCUAAGGUCGCUGCGCAUCAACAACAACAAGUUUACCACCAUUGUUCAGGGUACCUUCAGUCCUCUCACCUCCAUGUCUCACCUGCAGAUUUUUAACAACCCCUUCACAUGCUCCUGCAGCCUGGAGUGGCUGAGGGAUUGGAUCACGACAACUAAGAUUUCAGUCCCCGAGCCAAAAUCAAUUGUAUGUGAGGCCCCGGAACACCUGAAGGGUUCACUGGUGACAUCGAUUCCCAAACUGGACUGUACGGCCCCUACUGUCAAAAUAACCUCCCAGCCCAACGUUGAGGACGAAGAGCUCUACGAGGGAUUCAUGGUCAUCUUAAAUUGUGAGACAACAGGGAGCCCCGCACCACAGGUCAGCUGGGAGGUGACUGCAGGAAAUCAGAAUUUUCUGUUCCCCUUGCCCUCCAUUGGAGAGAUUAAUGACGUGCCAAUUAAUGAUAAAACAACCAACAAACAAUUCCUCGUCUUUAGAAACGGCACUCUCAUCGUCCCUCGGAUGAGUAAAAAGGAAGACGGAAAUUACAGCUGCUCUGCGGUGAAUGAUUUAGGUAAGGUGGAGAGUAGUGUUAGAGUGGCUAUGGCAGUCAACCAAAAAAAUGGCGGCGACUCAAAGCCCGAUUCUACGCUGGACAAGAUCCGUCCAUCUGAUAGAAAGACUGCAGAGCCCAAGACCUCCAAGAACAAUGUGAUCAACUGGACCAAGCCUGGCGAAAAGACAAAAGGCAGCCCUGACGGUGACAAAACUGUCGGCACGGGGCAGGUGGGCGGCGUUUCAAAGGACCCCACCUUUGCCAGUAAGUGCGGAGUGAGAGAAAGCAGUGAAUACAUCUCCAACCACGCCUUCAACCUCAGCUUGGAUGACCUGAAGCAGUACACGUUUGAUUUUGGUGUUAUUGCGUUAGAGGUGUCAGAGACGGAGGCCAAAGUGCAGCUGAACCCGCUGCAGCUUCCCAGCAGUAAAUCUAACCUUCAUGUGAGUCACACCGAAAACCAGGAAACAGUGAAUAAAGAGGCCGUGGGUCUGUACCAGUCCUCGUCCAGUAUAGCCACCCUGGACAUGCUCUACCUCUGUGUAAAUACAGGCAAUGGACACUCCAUGGUUCAGUGGUCCAAUAUAAAGGAGGGGGUUAACGCCUACCGCUUCCAUGGUUUACAGCCCGGCACCAAUUACACACUUUGUCUCACAUAUGGGGGGCAGGACUGCCAAGUCCAAGUGGUCUUCACAACCAGGAAGAAGAUCCCCUCCCUGCUUAUCAUCGUGGUUGUUAGCAUUUUCCUACUGGGUCUGGCCACCGUUCCCUUACUGGGGGCCACCUGCUGCCAUUUGUUAUACAAGUACCAAGGGAAGACCUACAAGCUGAUCAUGAAGGCCCAGAAUCCGGAUCAGAUGGAGAAACAAAUGACAGGAGAUUUUGAUCCCAGGGCAUCCUUUGUGGAGUCAGAGAAAACCUUCGACCCCAGCGAGUUCGGCGAGGGGGAGGCCGAGGCCGAGGGAGGGGAAGGAGAGGGGGAGGCCGAGGGGAGCCUGGUGACAGAGUCCAUCCCGGGAUCCUCGUCCAAAACCAACCAGGAGGAGUUUGAGAUGGGCUCGGAGUACAGUGACAGAUUACCUCUGGGAGCCGAGGCAGUCAACAUCUCGGAGGAGAUCAAUGGCAACUACAAGCAGCCGAGCCGCUGAGCUCCACCGACGUCUGUGGGUAUACUGUACAAAUAUUUUACUUUUAAGUAGCCUACAUUCAACCCGGUCACUCACCCAGCAUCACAACAACGAUGGCUUCUCAUAGGAAGAAGAAAAAAAAGAGAAAGGUGGAUCUUUUAAUUUGUUUUACCUGAAAAAGUAGUCCGUCAUCACUUCAGAUUGUGAAUUAAUUCGUGUGACAUUUGUAGUCUACUGUAAGGUUAAAUUAAGCAACAUGAGUUUACAGUACAAGCACAGAUUUCUACAGUUUGUAAGACCUCAAAACUGACAAGAAAGCAGCUAAAUGUUCCCUUUCUGCAGGACAGACACGGAUGGCAUGGGCACACAUUAUGCAAAAAAAAAAAAAAAAAAAAAACCCAAAACGUUAAAAUGUAAUUUUUAGAGACCAUAAAAAAAAAAAAAAAAAAAUAGCAAGUGCCAUGUUUUUUAUAGCCAUUUAAACACAUCAGGGACCAAUUGCUCUUUCUUAGCCGUCUGUGGAUGAGAAUAAACUCUCUUUACGGCCUAUUACCUCCUCAGGUGUUGAUGCAGCUCCACUUCACUUGAUAUUUGAUUAUAAUAUUAAACACAGAUAUUUGGUUCGGUGCUGUCCUGUGAGAACAAAAAAAAAGGGAAAUUCCACUUUCUACUGUGUUGUGCUUGACGGGCAAUCCCAGGUAAUUUACCCACAAAAUGUUGUUUUUGACGUAAUGUAAGGCUUUAAAAACGAGCUCUUAAUUAACAGGUGCUUGCUGUGUCCAUGGCAUGUCACACGUUCCCUUGUGUGGUUCUUAUUAGUGUAGUCUAGAGGACUGUAGAUGUAACCUGUGAUGUAAAGCCAUGUCAAUUGAAAUUCUUCUUUUUUUUUUUUACGAUGGUCAAUUUCUAUGAAGCCUCGACUGAAGGAGGCACUGGGUGUUUGUCUUGUAAUUGGAUGCAUAUAGUGAGUUUUUUGUGAACUGUUGUAAAACCAAACGAAAAACAAAACCAGUGACCUUUUAAGAUUUUUUUAUAUCAUUUUAUGUACGUGAAAUUAAUAAAACAUGAAA